AUGGCGGAGGUGGUCUCGUUUGCAGUUCCCCGCGAAAGCGACAAAACCUUGCUGGUGUGGGAGGUGAGUUCUGGGUCCACGGCCGAGGCUUCGCAUCAUUCUCUGUUCACAGUAUUCUCCCAGUUUGGCCUUCUGUAUUCGAUCCGAGUCUUCCCAAACGCUGCAGUGGCCCGUCCUGGUUUCUAUGCCAUCAUGAAGUUUUAUUCAGCAAGGGAUGCUCACAGAGCUCAAAUGGCAUGCCACGAGAAGCAUCUUUUUCAGAAUUCUCCAGUGCAG